GUCUGUUCCCAUUAUGUUUCCCCUGUUCCCCGUCGUGCCGUUAAUCAUUAAACAUAGGGGGAACAAACAAUUAACUUAAGGGGAAACAUAGAGGGAAUACACUUCGACACAACACCGGGCUCACCCGUGCAAAACGAGUGAUACGCUACGAGGACACAGAUGCCUAAUUAAAAUAGUAACACGGGAGAUAAUUUGGAGAUUCUGCAAGGUGGGUGUCAAUAAGUGACGGCCAUAUUUGCGGUGCAGCUGUGCUGUAAACAAAAAAACUGUCGGAGGGAUACAGGGACGCAGUGAUUUCAGGGCGAUUUGAUUUACUACAAUGUCUUUGGGAAUGUCUUACAAACCUAACGCCCACCAGCAUGUUCCAGGAACUUCCAUGUAUCAAGCUGCAGUGGUGCACUCCCAGACUCAGAGUGUAGCUACACAGUCUUACAAAUCUAUUCCUAAUGAUUUUGGACCUCCAUCACUGAGUUUUUCACAGGGUUGUAUUGCAACCCCAAUGCCUCAAAGCAAGUAUGCUGAACUUCUAGCCAUUAUAGAGGAGCUGGGUAAGGAAAUAAGGCCAACAUAUGCUGGAAGUAAAAGUGCCAUGGAGAGGCUUAAAAGAGGCAUCAUAAUUGCCAGAAGCCUGGUGCGUGAGUGCUUGGCAGAAACUGAAAGAAAUGCAAGGUCCUAACACUCAGAACAGAUCCAGCAGAUUCCAACCAGGGUUCACCAGCUUGAAAAUGAACUUUUUUCUAUUGCCUGUUUAAAAACCUAAAACAAAUGAACUGAUUUGAAGUUAUUAUAACACAUACCAAUAUAGAUAUAUCGCUAUAGCUUCUGAUCUGUACAUCAGAGGAGUUUCCUGAAUUUAUGUUCCCAAUUGGGAAUAAACUAUGCUCUCUAAGGCUACCGGAAUGCAAGCUCAGAACUUUGCAUGUUACUUAUAAAUGCUCUUUUUGUUUAUUACAUUUUAUGGCUAAAAUUAAUUUUAUGCUGUAGGACCGCAAACAGGGGUUCCAGGCUAAGGAACAAUUGGAACCGUGUUUCCCAACCUUUUUUCUGCCACAGCACACUUUUUACAAAUUGAACAAAUCCUAUGGCACACCUCUAUCCCACUGUCCACAUAACCAUUGUUGAUAGUUUUCCCUUUUCAAGAAAUUCCAUGUUUUCUGCCCAUUUUAUGAUGUUUACUCGUAAAUGUUUGAAAUUCAGCUAUGCAAAAAACGCAAGUCAGGUAGGUACGGUGUAUAAUGAGAUCACAGGUGGCGAGAGUGCUAAUUGGGUAAUGAAUAAAACAACAAAUUUGCAUCUUUUCUUAUUUUAAGAUUUGUUCUUGCAAUGCCACAGCACAUCAUUUUUUUAUUUAUCUAUUUAUUUACAUGGCUCCAGACUAACAUUUAAAAGUGGUACACAGGUGUUAAAUUCUACAAAACAGAAAACUAGUUUUCUUUCACAGUUUCUUUUUAUCAGGAUCUUGAUGAUUAAAAUUCAGUCAUCUGAAGACAAAGCCUUUUUCUACAAUCAGUUCCAUUG